AUGGCCGACUACGCACCACCAACCCAAGCUACAUUCAGAAUAGAACUUCCAACAUACAAUACUAGUGUGCAAACGUGGUUCGUCCAACUCGGUGCCAUUUUCCAAGCGAGGUAUAUUACUUCGCAGCAAUCUAAAUUCGCAUAUGUGGUCGAGAAGCUACCUGCCGAUGUGGCAUCGGAGGUAGCAGACAUACUCAACGACAUCCCGCCAGAUAAACCUUACGAGGUACUUAAACAGGUGAUACUCCAGCGAACAGCUUGUUCGGAAGAACACAAAAUCAAAGAACUAACCAACGUGACCCUGGGAAACAAUAAACCUUCCCAACUUUUACGCAAGAUGCAAACCUUGGUUGGCACCAAUUCCAUGUCUGAGGCCGUACUAAAACAAAUGUGGCUGGACAAACUAAGUCCAGACACAGUUCAGAUUCUUGCAACAUUAACAGACGAAGUGUUUAUACAAAAAUUAGCGGCAAUAGCCGACAAGAUCUCUGAUACCCGACCGACUCAUCUAAUUGCCUCUGUCGCGCUGUCAAGUGAUUCAACCCCAGGCACUAAUCAACAGUUGCAAACCUUAGCCUCGGAGGUGAGGAAACUUUCCCUGCGUAUAAACGAAAUCCAAUACAUACCAAGCAGAAGCCGAAGUAACUCAACGAAUCGGAACAGCGUUCACCGCCGACGUUCUACGUCGCGGCGCCCCCAACACCAACCACGUAGUGUUUGCUGGUACCACGAGGUGUUCAGCGCGCGCGCAAAGAAAUGCCAGCCACUAUGUUCGUACCCAAGCAUAUUCGCACCUAAGCAACAGGGAAACGACCAACCUGGCAACCAUUAA